AUGACUUUGUUCCCCACCAAGUUUGAAAAUGGGAAGAUUGAGUACAAGAUAAGGUACAAGGGGAGAUCAAGGCCAUUCUCUAGAGCCAAGGCCUUGGUGACUUCAGAACAGUCCAGGGACCCAACCAAGCUAAAGGAGCUUCUGUCUCAAGUCCUCACUAUCACCCUUGAUGGUGUCAAAGGAGCCAGCUCGACCGACAGCUCGAUCGAGCUAGAAACCAGGGCAACUCGAUCGAGUUCCACAACUCGACCGAGGUACUUUAGUGAAGAACAGUUCAAGAUGUUGAGAGUGAGGGAAGCGCAGCUUCACAGAAGAAGGGAGGAAGCAAGCAAGAAAGAGAGGCUUAAGAUGCAAGGAUUUGGAGAAGAGAAACAGAGGAUGGAAGAGUCUGAUGCAGAGGGUGUCUCUCUGAGGAGUGAGAGUGAGCAAGGGGAGUUUGAGAUUGGAGUGAACCUUGUUCAAGAGGAGGGAAAUGGCUCUCCAAGUGAAGAAGGAAGUGAUGAGACUGAGAGUGAAGAGGAAGGAGAAGAGGUGAAUCAAGAGUUGAGAAGUGAGCAAGAGAACCAAGAGAAUGCCAUGGAGGAGGCUGAACAGAGGAAGAGGAUGAGCUCCCCAUGUACCAAGAGCACUACAAUGCUCUCUUCUCCAUGGACUUCAUGGAGACCAAGUACCCACAUGUUGACACAUGAAGGCCCUUGGAAUCUUUGA